AUGAAUAUUGGUCGUAUUUGUAUUUCAGCGGCUGCUGCUGCUGCCAUGGUGACGGUUGGCUUGCUUUAUCGCAGCUAUGACGGUUGGUCCAAUCCAGGCGGUUCCGCCGAACGCCCGUAUCUGUCUAAUGCUGUACAAGCUGCGGCCGAUUUUAUCUGUAGCGGGCCUUCGCAAAUAUUGGACGUCGAAAUCAAUGAGGAUAAGCGUUUAUCAUCAUUUUCGUCGUCCUACGACGCCAUAGACAGCGUUGAAGAUCUCGAUGACUACAGCGACCUGUACUUCAAAGAGGAUUACUGGUUUUCAAAGGAAGACGCUACACCUUCUAGCGUUGAGCCUUCGGAAGCUGGUAGCGACGACGAUGACGGCACUAGCUCCCAAAGCAUCGUCGGUAUCCCAUGCGAUGCGUUAGUGGUCGAGCCGGUCGUUACUGUACCGUUGUCAUCAACCCGUCAGAACGACAUAGACAUGCAUUCGUCGUCGGAUACGCACGAGCCUCCGUUGAUUACACGUAAACGCCAUUUAAAACCACUCCGACUUCACAUACCGAAGCCGUCCGUGGUUUUUGAGGGCGACGCCGUUGAUGAGGCAACACCCAGUGGCGCCCUACCGAAGCACUCCGAAUCGCAUGCACGUGGCAUCGACGUAGGAUCUACGGCGGAGUGUUCCGAUGAUAAGGUAAGUGGCGUUGUUCAUCGGUGUACAUCGUGGCAGCCGAAGUAUGCAUCGGUUAUAGAGUCGAGUGCCAAUGCUGCCGAUUCAUCCCUCGAAGAAACCUUCGACAUCGUUGAUGAGUUGGAGGCCACUGGAUGGGACACACUUGAAGAUGCGCCUUUGAUAGUUCAGCCAAAUACUGCUGAGGAUGCGUAUGUGUCACCACCGGACGGCCACCCCUCUGGUUAUGGGAGCAGCAUCCAAGGAUCCUCCGCCGACCCUUCUCCUGUUACCGCCGAAAUCGGGUCUACGACGUCAGCGCACAAGCCAUUGUUUGGCGUGUAUCCCCCAGGUUCCUGUGUUUUCGUUAAGAUUCCGACUGCGGGGGAAGCAACACGUGAUGAAUACGCAACCGCCGUGGAGCCUGUCAGUUUGACCGUUUUGUUAUCCGAAAUGAAUGAGUUGGAGCUAUUAGUUUCUAAUGUGCGUUGUACGAUGGAAGGAAUUUUGCAGAGGCAUGCCAACGAAUUAUACGGCAAAUAUAAGACGCUGCAGUUUACGCUAAAGGGGGCUGCGAACAUUUUGAGUCAGUUGGAAAAGCAGAUCGCUCUUACACUUGACACAGUAUUUGAAAUGGAAUCUGACAUGGCCUCCAAAAAAUCCACACAGGUCUAA